AUGUAGAAGUGAAGAUAAAGAGGCGAAUAGGAGCGAAAAACAAUUGGGCAUAGAAAAUGAAACUAUUCCAAUUGCCUCAGCAAUUGUGGCUGCAACAACCAUACGCCGGCAAGUCCCGCCAUUCUCAGCCUCCUCAUCUUCCUUAUUCAAUUCCCUCUCUCAGGCUCAAAAUUCGCACCUUCGCACUUUCCGACCCUGGUGCUUCCGAUUCCACAACCCAGGCCACUCAAUUUGAUCUUUCGUUAACCGUGAAGAGGAAAGCAGCAGAAAUAUCUCCAGACAUGAAAGGAACUUGUAUCUUCCUUGUUGGCUUAAACAGCUCCAUCAAAUCCAACUCGGGAAAACUUCUUGCAGAUGCACUGCGCUAUUAUUAUUUUGACAGUGACAGUGUCGUUGAAGAAGCUUUGGGAGGAAAGGAUGCUGUCAGGUCAUUUGUGAAGACAGACUUGAAGGGCUUUCGAGACUCAGAAACAGAGGUACUGAAGCAGUUAUCGUCCAUGGGUCGCCUUGUUGUUGGUGCUGGGAAUGGUGCGGUUCAGCGUGCAGCUAAUCUGGCGCUUAUGAGACACGGCAUAUCAAUAUGGAUCGACGUCCCCUUGGAUAUGGUAGCCAAGGAAAUUGUGGAGGAGAGUUUUCAACCUCCUGCUGCUGAAACAAUACAAGGAUCAUAUCCCGAGGUGUUGACUCAAUUAACUGCUAUUUAUGAAGAAAGCCGUAAGGGAUAUGCUACAGCUGAUACAACUAUUGCACUCCAGAAGGUUGCUUCUCGGUUAGGCUAUGAUACAUUAGAUGCAGUAACCGCAGAGGAUAUGGUUUUGGAGACUCUGAAGGAGAUAGAGAGAUUGAUGAGAGUAAAGAAGUUGAUGGAAGAAGCUGCCAGGCCAUUUUAGUUUCGAUCACAACCAAUGCCGACUAUCUAGGCAACCUACGGCAACCAAACUAUCAAGUCACUCGGUCCUUUCAUUCAUCAUAUAUUUUCUGCUUCUACCAGUGUCGGUGAUAAUACAUUAGCUGCAUCUAACCUUGUGGUAUAUGGAUCUUCAUGUGGAAAAAGAAUUAGAUCAAAUAAAAUAGUACAUACCAGAGAGUGAGAUGCUGAAUCCUGAAGUUACAUUUGUGGAUUUGACUAAGAUGAUGUGGGGAGUUCGAGAGGGAAGACUAAGAAGAAGAUAAAGGAAGGGUGUAGGGAGGAAAAAUGGAAGCACUUAAGAGGUUUUGACAGCAAAGACAUGCUUUGACGAAGCUGCCCAAGAAGGAUGUCUGUUUUCAAGGGGAAAACAGAGAAAAAUCAGUGUUACUUCCUACUAAUUGCAUUAGUCAUUUAAAAGUUCCAUUAAAAAAUGCCGAUGAACUUAAGAAUGACUAGAAAACAGUAUAUUGUUGACCAAAAUAAUCAUAUUGAACAAGUCUUAGAUGCACAACUGUGACUUAUAACAAAAAAGUCUUAAACAUACAAUUGAAUGCGACGAUUCUAUUAUUAGAAUAUCAAAUGAAAGAUUUUGAAAUUAUUCGAAUUA